AUGGCGUCUUCUUCAACUUCAUCCAAUCAAAAGAGCUUUAAGUAUCAUGUGUUCUUGAGCUUUAGAGGAGAAGACACGCGUAAGACCUUUGUUGAUCAUCUUUACGUUUCUCUUAAGCAACUAGGUAUUCACACCUUCAGGGAUAACGAGGAACUGGAGAAAGGAAAAAGGAUCGAUGAGCUCUUCAAAGCCAUUGAAGAGUCAAGGUUCUUUAUAAUUGUUUUCUCCCAAAACUAUGCAUCUUCUUCUUGGUGCCUGAAGGAACUUGCGAAGAUUAUGGAGUGUCAAGAUGAAAAUGAGCAGAUUGCUUACCCGCUCUUUUAUGAUGUGGAGCCCAGCGACAUCCGCAAACGAAGUGGGCCAGUUGAAGAAGCCAUUGCCAAACAUAAGACUAACGAACAGAUUACGAAAUGGGAAAAGGCUCUGGAAAGUGCAGGGAAUCUGGUUGGGUGGAAUCUAAAAAACAUUGCUGAUGGGCAUGAAGCUGAAGCCAUAAAAAAAAUUGUUAAAGAAAUUUCACUCAAGUUACGAUCCAUUCAUUUGAGCAAUGAUGAAAAUGUAAUAGGCAUGGACCACCGCAUGCAAGAUCUUGAGUCGUCUUUGGGGAUCGGUUUGAACGAUAAAGCGCGCAUGAUAGGGAUCAAGGGGAUGGGAGGCAUUGGGAAGACAACUUUGGCCAGAGCUAUUUUUGAUAACUUAGCUUCCCAUUUUGAAGGUAGUUUCUUUGCUGAUGACGUAAGGGAAAUUUCAAAAAAGGAAGGUUUGCGGUCAUUGCAAGAACGAAUCCUUUCAGGCGUUCUAAAAGAUGAAAACAUGCGUGUGGGGAGUGUUCAUGAUGGGAAAGAACUCAUGAGAAUGAGGCUACCCUAUAAAAAAGUCCUUCUUGUUCUAGACGAUGUGGAUGACGAAGAGCAGCUUGAGGCGUUAGCUGGUGAUUGGUUUAAGGAUGGAAGUAGAAUAAUCAUAACAACAAGAGACGAGAAAGUGCUGCUAGCACACGGAGUAGAUACAAAAUGGAUUCAUGAUGUCGGCUUCUUGUCGGAUGAGGAAGCAAUGAGCCUGUUUAGUAGGUAUGCAUUUAAGAGAUACAUUCCAGAUGAAGGGUAUGAAAAGCUUUCAUCAGAAGUAGUACGUUAUGCUGCUGGUCUUCCCUUAACGAUUAAAGUUUUGGGUUCACAUCUGCGUGGUGAAAAUGAGCUAGUGUGGAGAGGUGCACUAAAAAGACUAGAAACAAUUCCAUCUCGGAAAAUUAUAGAGGUGUUGGAAAUAAGCUAUAACAGCCUAGAGGAUGAUCACAAGGAAAUGUUCUUAGAUGUUGCAUGCUUCUUGAGGGGGUUUCCUAAAGAGUAUGUAGUUAGAGUCCUUGAUAGCUGUGGAUUUAGUGCCGCAUAUGGUUUAAGAAUUCUUGAGCAAAAAUGUCUCAUAACAAUUUUAAAUGAUGACUCGAGUAGAUUGGGUAUGCAUGAUAGACUAGUAGAAUUGGGACAGAAUAUUGUUCGGCGAUCACACCCCGAUGACCCCAACAAACACAGCCGACUCUGGAUUCGCGAGGAAAUUGAAAAACUAUUCACCGAUGAUUCGGGUACUGAAGCAUCAACAUGUAUAGGACUGGAGCUGGUGUGGAAGGAACUGAGUCCUGAAAUUAUCAUCAAAAGCCUUGGAAACAUGAAGAAACUUAGAUAUCUUUGUCUUGGUGGGAAGCAUGAUGACUGUUUCCCUAGGGACUGGAAGUUUGAUAAAACAAAACAGUACUUACCGAAUUCGUUACAGUUUUUGUAUUGGAAUGUUUACCCUGGUUUGUCUUUACCCCCAACAUUUCGAGCAAAUCAUCUUGUUGGACUUGAACUGGUUGGAAGCAAAAUCGUGCAACUUUGGGAAAGCGGAGAAAGAAAGGUUCUUAAGAAGCUCAGAUUCCUCGACCUGAGAGAUUCCAAGUUGAGGACCCUUGACCUUGAGAUGACUCCGAAUCUUGAGAGGUUAAUUCUUAUUGGAUGUCAUGAUUUGACAGAGAUUCAUGCGCCCAUUGGAUGUCUAGAUAGGCUUGCUCUCGUAAAUUUAAUUGGUUGCUCAUGGUCUGUAUCUUUUUCUUUGCUUAAAAAGUUGGAAUCACUUGUGCUUCUAAGUAUACCUGAGUUAUCUGUGGCUGCGAAGUGCUUGGAGGAAUUCCCAAGGGACACCACAAACAAUCUACCAAUGCUGCGGUUUGCAUUCCACUAUUGUAAAGAACAAACCUUGUCAACCGGAAUUGAUUCUAAGGCUGUCGUUCUAGAUCUCCAACCUUGCACAAAACUUGAGAGUGUUUCAGGAAGCAUUUGUGGUUUACAACAUCUAAGACGCCUUAGAUUCUAUGGCUUUAUUCCAGAGUUGCCUAAUGACCUUGACCUGUUGAAAUGCUUAGAACAGCUCAAUUUGGUGUCUACACACAUCAAAUUUCUUCCUGAUAGUGUUUGUAUGUUGAAACACCUAAAAUCUCUCACACUUAAAGAUUGUUGGUAUCUUGAAGAGUUACCGGAGAAUCUUGGUUGGUUAAAAAAUUUAGAGGAGUUGAGUUUGUUGUCUGCAAGUAUUCGAUGUCUUCCAGAUAGCAUUUGCAUGCUGAUUCAUCUGAAAUCUCUAAUACUUGAAUCUUGUGUGCUCCUUGAGAAGUUACCCGAGGAUAUUGGGCAAUUAGAAUGUUUAGAGGUGCUGAACCUGACCAAGUGUGUAUCUUUAGGAGAUAUUCCAAACAGCAUAUGUAACUUGAAAUGUUUGAGAUUUCUCUUUCUUGGCUUUUGUAGUAAACUUGAGAAAUUGCCUAAGGAUUUUGGAAAUCUAGGACUUUUAGAAGGUUUAGAUAUAUCGUUAACACGAAUAAGUCGUCUUCCACACAGUAUGUCUUCGAUGACUGGUGUGGUUAUUUUUGGAUCCACAUCACUUCUUGAAGGGAAAAUGACUUAAAAGCACAACGAAGUUUCCAAACCAUUCAAAAAACCUCAAUCAUGUUUUGUCUGUUCAAAAAAACCCAACGAACUUAACCUUUUGUCUAAAAAGUCCAACAAAGUUUCAAACCGUUCAGAAAAUUCCAAUUUUGUUUUGCUUAAGUUGUUGG